UCUGCUGGGCCGCUGGUUCCCAGAGGACAGCAGGGGAGAAGGGCCCUCAGCAGGCAGGAUGACCCAAAACAUGCUGGCUGUGAACGGAGUCGAUGUGGCCUCUACGCUGUCCCAGCCCACUCACAUCGACAUCCACAUCCACCAGGAAUCAGCUUUGUCACAACUGCUAAAAGCUGGGAGUUCCCUGAUGGAGCGUCUGUCCCACCGCCCUGCCAAGGCCGGGAUAAGCUAUGGACAGCUUGCACUAGGGGUGACACAGAUAUUGCUGGGGGUUACGAGCUGUGCUCUUGGAGGACUUCUCUACUUGGGGCCCUGGAUUCAGCUGCGUGCCUCAGGCUGUGCCUUUUGGGCAGGGUUUGUGGCCGUUGCAGCAGGCGUUGGGGCCAUUGUCUAUGAGAAGCACUGGGGCAAACUUGCAGGCUGCAUAUCAAAUCUGCUCGCCCUGGCUGGCAUUGCCACGGCCGUGGCCGCUGUUGUCUUCUGUGUGAAUAGUUUAACCUGGCAACCUGACGUCUUCUAUGACAUCAGCUCCGUGUGUGAUUCCGUAGUCCCUGCCACCCCCACCUUUGGGUACAAACAGACUAGACAAAGCACUUCCUAUGCAUCGUGGAGGGAGCAGCGCUGCAGAAACUACAUGCAAAUGCUGACGGAUUUGUUCCUAGGAAUCCAUGGUCUGCUCCUGGCCAUCUGGGUCCUGCAGGUCACUGUAUCCUUGGCUUCCCUGGGCGUGGGUCUUCGACGCUUCUGUGGCCAGAGCUCCCGGGCCCUGGAUGAAGAAGGGUCAGAGAAGAAGCUGUGGGGCGAGAAUUCAGUGCCUCCCUCUCCCCACAAGGGGAAGAGCACAGCUGUUGUCCUGUGAGCAGCCAAAAACCCUACCUGGACCCUGCAUGUCCCUCCAGAGUAGCCCAGGGCCCCUCACUGCCCUGUCCCCCACAUUUGCUUCCUUUGGCUGCUCCUCCUCUCCCCAACACCCUCACCCACUCUUCCCACUCCAGGGUCCUCCGUUCAGUGAACAGGUGUUGUCACAUUUUUUCCAAUGCCGAUUAAACAGAAACAACCACAAAAAAUGAUUUUGUGCAGAAAGGAUGUAGUCUUCCUUUGUUGAUACACAC